AUGGCCGACGUCGACAUGACCGAUGCUCCCGCCGAGAAGAAGAAGGUCGUCAAGGGCGGCGAUGCUGACGGCAAGGGCGAGAAGAAGCGCUUCGAGGUAAAGAAGUGGAAUGCCGUCGCGCUUUGGGCUUGGGACAUUGUCGUUGACAACUGCGCCAUUUGCCGAAACCACAUCAUGGACCUUUGCAUCGAGUGUCAGGCCAACCAGGCUUCUGCCACAAGCGAGGAAUGCACAGUUGCUUGGGGUAUCUGCAACCAUGCCUUCCACUUCCACUGCAUUUCCCGAUGGCUCAAGGCUCGUCAGGUUUGCCCCCUCGAUAACCGCGACUGGGAGUUCCAAAAGUAUGGUCGAUAA